CUUCUGCAUCUUCCAUCCACCCACUACACUUUUUUCACACCUGAAGCUCACUUUCUAAGCAAUGGCUGCUGUCAAUUCCCCUAUCAAAGUCCUGCUGGUUGGCACUGGCGCGCUUGGAAGUAUCUAUGCCUGGCGUCUGGAUGUCAGUGGCAAAGCGCAUGUCACGACUGUGUGCCGGUCGAACUACGAAGCUGUCAAGAAGGACGGGUUCCGCAUCAACUCGCUGGCAUUUGGCGAUGAGGUGUACCGCCCGCAUAAUGUUGUGCGCACUGUCGCCGAGGCUGUUGCCGACGGGGAAAUCUAUGACUUUGUCAUUGUGUGCACCAAGGCGCUGCCGAACCUGGUGGAUAGCUCUGACAUCAUUGCACCGGCGGUUCGGGACCCGCGCACGAUCAUCAUGCUGAUUCAGAACGGCAUUGGGAUCGAGGGCCCGUAUGCUGCGCGGUACCCAAACAACCCCAUCGUCAGUACUGUUGCCUAUCUCGACUCAAGCCAGCCCUCCAGCGGCACCAUCAAUCACGGGGUGGUUACUCUGCUGGACAUGGGUCUGUUCAGCCCCACAACAGCCAACUACAAUGUCGGCUCGGUGGCUGCUCGCGUGGAGGAGCUGGGCGAGAUGUGGAGAGACAAUGGUGUUCAUGUUCUGAUAUCCGAGGAUAUCCAAAAGUCUCGCUGGGCGAAGCUUGUUUGGAACGCAUCGUUCAACACGGUCUCUGUUGUUUCUGGUGGCAACGACACCAGACAAAUGCUCGACAGCGCCGAGUGCAAGGCGCUAAUUCGCAGUCUGAUGGUCGAGAUUAUCAAGGCGGGCGAGACGGUCACAGGCAGCAAGCUGGUUUAUCUUGGCGGGUUCGAGAAGCCUGACGAUAUCAUCAACAACACGGAUAUGCUGCCGAAGCCAGUGACGCCGUCGAUGCUAAUGGACUUCCGCGCGAAGCGGCCGAUGGAGCACGCGGUGAUUCUGCGCAACCCGAUCGAGCUGGCCAAGAAGCACGGGGUCGAGGUGCCCCACCUCGAGACGGUUUAUGCGCUGCUGACCAUGGUCGAAAACAGAUACUUGACACAGUCCAAGCUGUAGCAUUCGCAGCUUCUGUUCAGCCCGGCAGUCCGGGGUUAGGGUGGGAACAUUGGGCGCCCAAGCUUCUAGGCAAUUUGGCGGUAGUAAUAAUUGACCGGCUGGGCUUCAAACCUUUCGGUAAACCUCUUUUCUACUUUUGCAGGCGUCAAUU